AUGGAUAAUGUCUUAAACACAAAAGAUUAUGAGUGUGUAUUAAAUAACCAGAAUUAUGAUAACCUAAAGGAUAAUAACUAUGAAGAUUUUAUAAACAGUGAACAGUAUCUUGAAGAAAAUUGUUAUCAAGAGUAUCAAAGUGAGAACAAACCACAUGACUAUACACAACAAAACGUUUAUGAUUAUAAAAAUAACAAUUCGAAUGGUACUGAAAAUGUAAUGAAUUAUAAAAUGGAUGAAUUUCAGAAUUAUAAGCUGGAUAAUUAUUGUUUGGAAUAUAAUUACGGCUACAAUGGCCCAAAUGUUUACUCAGGAGAAAAUACCAAGUGUAUAAAUAGUGAAAAGGUAAUACCAAAUUCAAAUAUUCAAUCAUAUACAAAUCCAAAGUAUGUUGAUAGUGUAAGUACAACUUGUGAAAUUGACAACAAAGAUGACUGUUAUUAUGAUCAAUAUCAGUACUAUAUGAAUUAUCCAGUGAUUUAUAAUAUACCUAAUGUCCAUAACCCGAACAAUAUGGUCAACAUUAGUAACUUGCCUAACAAUAUGAUCGAUUCUAAGAUGAUGAAUUUGAAAGACGCAGAUAAAUUCAGUAACAGCACUAUUGAAAAUGACAGUGUAUCUGAUGUCGAUUGUACAGAUGGGACAAAUCCUCCGGCUAAUAGAAGUGAUCCUAUUUACACAUCUAUAAGCGGUUUGAAAUGGAAGAGUAAGAGCAAAAAAUGGGUCGUAAGGUGGGAUAACCCUAUUACUAACAGGAGAGUAUACAAAUAUUUUUCAGGAACACGUUAUGGGUUUCUUGGUGCUCACAAAAGAGCCAAAUACUAUCUUGAGUUUCUCAACGCAUCAGUUGGCAAGAUACAAAAUACUACUCCUGGAAACCCUUUUUGUAGACGUACUGAAGGACCUCCUAAAGGCAAACAGAACAAGUCGCUAAUUAGGAAACUUUACUUUGCUAAUCAAAAUGAUAACACAUAUCAACAAGAGUACAUGAACUCGCUAAUGAACUGUAAUCAUAGUGCACAAAAUUUAAUUUAUAGUCAAAAUCCAGAUAGCCAGAUGAGUUAUACUGGCAAUUUUAUACCCAAUUCGCAAAAUUUCAAUCCUAAUGAAAUAAUGGAGCACAACAAAGUUGGAAGUUCAAUGGAUAAUCCUUGGUACUUUAACCAAAACCAAAUGUUUAAUAAUUACUAA